CUUGAGCAAGGCUUUGAGAGAAAAGACAAGUAGUGGGAAAUCAGCAAAGAGAACUCGGUACCUUAGCACCAUGAAACUGACUUUGGUGCUUUUGUUCUGCAUUUCAGCAGUUCAAGCACAGACUUUCGAGUAUGAUUAUGAUGAGAUUCCGACGGGUCAGCCUGAGACAACAGAUGCUGAAUCACCAAAUGCUGGGACACUACAGGAUCCACGUGGACACAGACCUAUCGUUGAUAGUGCAUACUAUUACAGAAGAAAUCAACCAGUUUACACUGGUCAAAAUACUGAUGGGAGAAGAAUGAGAUAUAGGACCCAGCCCACUCCAAGCACCCAACGAUCCAGCAUUGUUGAGGAGAGAGUAAGCCCGGACGCAGGAGGAUGCAAACAUUUAUCUACAGAUAAGGGAGUGCUGUGUCCAACUGGCUGUGAACUGAGGACUAGCCUUCUGAAGGAGGAAAAGAAUACAAAAUUAAUCAUCGAUGACCUAACACUCAGACUUUCAAAUCUUACUCGGUCUACAAACACGAUCCAUGUUUACGUUGAAAAUCUGGAUCAUGAAAUGCAGCGGCGACAAACACAGUACUCAGGGAAUAAUCAAAUAGUGAGUUCAUACAAUGCAGAGCUGGAAGAUCGUUUUGCACUGAUAAAAGACAAGGUAGAAUCCACACUUCCGUCAACUAUCCGCAUGAUGCGCUCUGUUGUGCAGAGUCUCAAGGCAAAACUGGAAAAUCUUAGAAAAGCUGUAUUGACACAAAAAGAAUUCUGUAAGAGGCCGUGCACUGUUACUUGUAAUAUCCCAGUGGUAACAGGCAAAGAAUGUAACGAAAUUUAUGAGAAAGGUGGUAGAGAAUCUCAAAUGUACUUAAUCAAUCCAGACUCCUUCAAAGCACCCUACAAAGUUUACUGUGACAUGACAACGGCAGAAGGAGGAUGGGCACUGAUUCAAAGCCGACAGGAUGGUAGUGUUGACUUUGGCAGAUCCUGGGAUGCCUACAAAAAUGGAUUUGGUAAUAUUGCAUUUGAUGUGGGAAAAGGUUUUUGUGAUACCCCAGGUGAAUAUUGGCUAGGAAAUGAUCGAAUUAGUCAACUGACAAAACUUAAGCCUACAGAGCUCUUUUUUGAGAUGCAAGACUGGGAGGACGAACAAUUAACAGCCCAUUAUACCAAAUUUAGAGUACAAAAUGAGGUCAACAAUUAUCGCCUGUUUAUUGAUGGCUACUCAGGGACGGCUGGCAAUGCACUUUUGGAAGGGGCUAAAAUGCUCUCUGGAGUCAAUAAGACAAUGACAAUUCAUCAAAACAUGAUGUUCAGUACAUAUAAUAGAGACAACGAUGCAUGGGAACCUGGAAACCCAGCCAAACAAUGUGCCAGGGAAGAUGGUGGUGGCUGGUGGUAUAAUCGCUGUCAUUCCGCAAAUCCAAAUGGGAGAUAUUAUUGGGGCGGACAAUAUACGAAAGAAAUGGCAAAACAUGGCACAGACGACGGGAUUGUGUGGAUGGACGCAAGAGGGUCGUGGUAUUCUCUGAAGAAAAUGAGCAUGAAAAUCCGUCCACAAUUCCCAACAAGUGGUACACAACAGCAGAUAGUUCAAACUUACCUUGAACACUAAUAAUAGGGUCAAAAGCCCAGAAAUGCUUUAAACAAAAAUAAAUUUUAUGAAGAUUU